UAUUUCAACAUCAUAAAUUGACACUUCAAACUACAAGUGAUGCCAAGAACAUGGAACAACUAACUUUAUCACAAGUCGGGAACCUCGAGCUUGAAAAACCUCGGCCCCCUGAAAACUCGCAGCACCAAGUGACAGUAUGGAGCAUAAAAAAGCGUCGGAAAGCAUUUAUUAUUCUGGGGAUACUGGGACUGAUUGUGCUCGUGGUGGCGGUGGCAGUUCCGCUUCUUCUCGUGCUACGCUCUGACCGGAACCAAGAUCAGUUUCCAUCCUCCAAGCCCGUACCUACAGCAACCCCUAUUCUACCGACAGUUACCUUGACAACAACAAGAACACGAUUGAUGGAUCUUCCAUACACAACGAUCAACGCAACUCUUCACCCUUCCAUGACGUCAUUGGUUCCUAUGGUGACAUCAGUUGCAGUGAAUCCCCAUUGGUCGGAAUGGAGCCCGUGGUCAAACUGUAGCGUGUCGUGUGGAAAUGGGACCCAGUCUCGCUCGCGCAACUGUAGUCACGUGAAGUGCAAGGGAGACAGUGUCGAAAGCAGGGUUUGCGUAAGCGCAGCAUGUAAAGACUGCUCGGAACUGUACGCGAGAGGGUUCACAGAAGAUGGCAUGUAUCACGUGGAUCCCGACGGCAAGGGCUCGUUCUCAGUAUACUGCGAUAUGUCUAGCGGAGGAGGCGGGUGGACUCUACUUCAACGGCGCCUUGACGACUCACUUAGUUUCAACAAUGACUGGCAGAGCUACAAAAACGGUUUCGGAGACCUGUUAGUUAACUUCUGGCUGGGAAACGAUAACAUCCAUCGCCUAGCGAGCCUGAAUAUGGUACUGGUCGUGACCGUGAGAGACUGGAGCGACAACACAGCAAACGCCACGUACAGCGAGUUUGGCGUAUCGGACGAGCUCGGCAACUAUACGCUCACUGCUCGGCGGUACUCGGGUAGCGCCGGCGACUCCCUCUCAAGUCACGACGGGAUGAAGUUCACAACAAGGGACGAAGAUAACGACGAAGAAGCAUACUCUAACUGCGCGGUCAGGUUCGGAGGCGGAUGGUGGUACAAAGGCUGCGUGGAUGGAUGUAAUCUGAAUGGCAAUUACAUUGGUAACGCAAGACAAACUGACGGCGUCAUCUGGCGUGGGUUUACACCUGGAGUGUGGCAGUCACUGAAAUACUCAGAUAUGAAAAUACGCCCAGUUGCGUUCUAGAGCGUCUAUGUCAGUUGAUGAACUAUCAGUUGAUGAAAAGUCGUCAUCAAGAAGGCCUGUAGUCGACAAACUAUAGUCGUCAUCAAGUAGGUGUGUAGUCGGCAAACUAUAGUCGUCAUCAAGUAGGCGUGUAGUCGGCAAACUAUAGUCGUCAUCAAGUAGGCGUGUAGUCGGCAUUAUCUAGGCGUGAAGCCGUGAAGCCUCCCUCACUCAACAAAUCAUACGACAUCGUCAUCAUCAUUAUCAUCAUCAUCACCAUCAUCAUCAUCAUCGUCGUCAGCAUCAUCAUC